CUAAAUUCUGCAUUUCUUCUUUCCUUUUCUCUCAACAAACAAUUUUACAAGUAGAGAGAAAAGAAAACAUUAAAAAAAUACUAAAACAAGUUCUCAUUCUAUAUUUUGUUUUCACUCCUGGAAGAGAAAGAAACCAAGAAAGAAAGAGAAACAAAACAUUUAUCCACUGCUGCUAUCUUGAUCUUAUUUGGAGAUUGAAGAAAUGAAAGCUAAAGGAGGAUGUGUAGGAAAUCACUUUACACUGAAUAAUGGGACGAAAAUUCCUGCAGUUGGACUUGGGACAUGGCAGAGUGGAGGAGACCUUUGCGUUGAAGCUGUAAAAACUGCUCUAGAAGUUGGAUAUCGUCAUCUAGAUUGUGCCCAUCUUUACGGAAAUGAAAUCGAAGUUGGUGAAGCACUUUUAGAGGCUUUUCAUGGUGGACUAAGUAGGGAGGAGAUUUUUUUGACUUCUAAGCUUUACUGUACUACCAAUUCUAUCAGGAGGAUAGAGAAUUCGGUAAGGGUUUCUUUGAAGAAUCUAGGAGUUUCUUACUUGGAUCUCUACUUGGUACAUUGGCCUGAGAAUUCAGCCUUUGGUGACGCAACUGACCCUCCAUCCAAUUUGGGUAGUGAGUAUAGACAGUUUUCACAGAGACUGCAACCUACGUGGAAGGCAAUGGAAGGCUUAAUAGAGCUUGGUCUGGUUAAGUCUAUUGGAGUUAGUAAUUUUGAUGUGCAGCAGAUCAGCGAACUUCUCCAAUUUGCUAAAAUUGUUCCAGCAGUCAAUCAGGUGGAGUUGCAUCCUUUCUGGAGGCAAGAUGAAUUAGUGAAAUUCUGUCAAUUGAAAGGCAUACAUGUAUCUGCUCACACACCUUUAGGGGUACCUAUUUCUAGUCAAGGAUUGUCUGACACUGGAUCAAGGGGCGAAGAAGAACCAGGGACUCCUCGAAUAUCAUUCAGAAGGUCGAGAUCGGUUCAUGGACCUAUGCUGAAAAUAUCUGUUGUUGCCCAAAUAGCGGAGCGGCAUAAAAAGACCCCUGAGCAGGUUAUUCUUCGCUGGGGACUGCAGAGAGGAACCUGUGUUCUUCCAUGCAGCUUGAAACCUGACAGAAUUAAAAAGAACAUUGAUAUUUUCAGCUGGUCUCUCUCAGACGAUGAGUUUAAUAGAUUGAACAGGAUUGAACCUCAGGUGAUAACUGUUUUCUUGUUUGGUUCUCGGUCUUGGAACUGGUACAUCAUGUCCUAGAACGAAGAUCUCCCUUGCAAGUCACAGACUCACAAGGGUAUCCAAUUUUGGUACCCUCCCGCUCUCGCCUCUUUGGGAUACAGCAAACACAGGCUAAACUGGUACAACUAACUGGGCAUCUCGGGUAUUAUGAGAUGCAGAGUGCUCUACAUGAAAAGUGAGAAACAAAUAAAGAGUUCUGAAGUUAUAUCUGGAAUGCCCAGUGGAGAUGUGACAGAAUGGGGUUCUGAGUUCAGUAUCUCUAUUGAAUAAUUUGAAUUUGUAGUUGGCACAGGAAUACUUGGCUUGUAUAACUGUGUGAGGAUGAAAUUUGCAAAACCCGAUUCUCCACGAAUAGAAGUCUAUGACUGCAAAUUAAGCCGAAAAUAGCAUUCC